CCCAAAACUUUGUGUUUCUCUGUGAAUUUAUUUAUAAUUCUGCAAUAUAACAAAAAAUUGCACCUGCAACAUGCCAAACUUGAUUAAUUUUCGUGUAUAAAUAAGGUUAUAUUUGCGAUUUCGUUAGAUUCCAGUAAGUUACCAUGAGUUCGACUUUGCUCUGGGUUUUUGUGCUCAUGUUGGCUCCAAGUCUUGGAAAUACUAAGCCCAUGCUCCACUUCCUGGAAGGUCACCUAAGCCGUGUAGACCUCUGCCUUUCGAUGUUUGAGACUGCCGGCGUGCGUAGAUCAAAAGAGGAUAUUUAUCAAGAAUGCUACGAAAAUCCGUCUGCUUUUUUCUCUAUUGAAGCUCCAAGCACAACUACACCUCAGCCGAGUACUUCAGAAAUUUGAAAUGUUUUUUGUUGAAUGAAAAAAAAAAGUUCUAAUUGUUAAUUUUUAGUUUUCAUUUUUUAAGUUAGGAUAUUUUUAGUAAUUUAAAUCGACGUAAAAUUUUCUCCUGAUAAUUUUUGUUUUUUGAACCAUUGUUCUAUCUCUAGCGGUCGCAGAGUUGGAGGUAGCAAGAGAGCAAGAGGGCGGAGGAGAGCGCAGACGACGAGACGCUCUGCGUUUCCCCUCCCCUCACGCUCUCUCGCCGCGAAACUUUGAAGCUGCGUAUCUCUAGAGUGGGUAGAGAUAGAAAAAAGGUUUUAACGGAUAAAAUGUUCAGAAUUUUAA